AUGUCUAUACCUUACAUCCCCCUCGAGCAGUUUCCCGCUCUGGGCGGCUCAGCAGCCAUCAAUGGUGGAGUAUGGGUGGGCACGAUAUCCGCAAACGAUGCUCGAUUUUCAACGACCACGAUGUCCAGAACGCCGUGCGGGGAUGUUCCACAUUGUCUUUAUAUGUGGGUCAACCCCCUAGGUGCAUACGAGACAUAUAGCAUGAAAUACGAGGCAAAUCUCUCCAUUCCCAUGUCGCGCUACAGCAACGCGACCCAGCUCUCGUUCAACUGGUCGUACAAAAUUCGAUGGGGAUGUUCAGCAUUACCCGGUGGAUACAAUCUUACCUCGAUCUCACGCGUGGGCUCAACGGGUGCAAAUACGUAUUCUACCAGCUUUCCGCCAACAGAUUGGUCCACCCUCAAAGAGAGCAAUGAUUGGCCGACUACAAUCUCGCACAGUGGGACGACUCUGAUAGAACGUUAUGGCGACUCGCCGCUCGGCUUUGUCUACAUUAGCAUCGACCUGACGAUGCCCCAUCCAUUGAACUCUUCUGUUUCUUAUUAUAUCAAAGGCGCCACCUUUGAUCUCGCUACGCCUACGUCCAGUGCGUUGGCUUCGAUUACCACUUCCUCUAACUCUACUUUGUCCUCGGGUAACCGGACAUCUACUUUCACUUCUUCUACUAUAUCGACCUCCACUCGACUCUCUUCGAUCGUCGGCGGUCCCGAGUGGGAUCCCAGUCCACAGAGUUCGAUUCCGGCGGCGGUAGGAUCUCCAGGAAGCCAGCCGAGCCUAUCAAACUCACCUCCUAGCAUGAAUGGUUUAAUACCAGCUAUCUCAGGAGCAAUGGUCGGUGUAUUUGCGCUCUUGGGACUUGUGGGGCUCUUCCUCUUCCUCCUCAAACGACGCGCUAGAAAUGAGAGGAUGCAUAUUUCACAUGAAGAGGCUGCCCCGACAACGACACAGCAAUCCGACUCUCUCAUCUUUACUCCAAUGGUUAUGCGACUACCAAGCGCAUUGCGGAAUAUCGAUACCUCGAAGUAUCUCUCGACGGAAGAAGAUUCCGUGCCUAAAGAAGAGUCUGAUCACGUGUUUCUACCAUCAGUGUCACAAACAGACGAUCCACCCAGGGGGCGCGUGGCCGACGAAGUUGUGGAUAUCCAUCCGGAAUCAACUAUCUCAUGGACAACAUCUACAUUCUCAGAGAACGCAGAUUAUCAGCAGGAAGACGAAGAGCAAGGAGAGACCGUCGGUAGCAGAGAAGCUCCUCCGCCCUAUCAUGGUCCUGUCGGGAUACAUACGGCCUCUGGGUCAUCAAGAAAUGCGAAUCAACCCCUACCACCUAUUUCUGUGCAGGCGCUCGAGACAUUUGCGUGUAUGCAUCGUGCAGAGAUUUCGGAAGAGUUGGAGGCAAAGCUUGAGAUGGCGGGUUAUGUGCCGAGUGAUGAUCCAGAUGUGAUUUCAGAAGAGGUUUGGGCCAGAGACUAUGCUGUCGAUGGAAGAGAGUUGGUUCUGUUACGACAGCUUUACCAGCGGUGCGUCCUGCUGCAGUAA